UUCAACAGAAAAGGCCAUGUCUCGUCCGGAAUGCUACAAUGUUAUCGCUACAUUUCCCUGAAACCUCAUGCAAGGGAUUGGCCGGCUUGGUGUAACCAUUGCAUCCGAUUCUCUAUUUAUUCUUUCGCGCCCAUGAGGAUAUUAGCUGACAUGAUCGCAAUGAUUCUGGGUUCGGUCUUUACACACGUGUUGGCCUUCGCUACGCAUAUCAAUGCCCUCGAACAGAGGACGCCGUCACGUGUCGCCAUAGCGAGCCAUGUUCUCCCUCUUAUUGCGGCACCAUAUACCCAUCCGCAAGCCAUACCCCCAUCCUCCAGAUACCUUCGAAAGCGAUAUUCCAGGUACCCAACCAGAAUACCCGCAAAUCCUAUGCUCAGCCACGAAAACAGAGAUCCUAUCUCCGACAUACAAAGCGACGUCGAGACGCUAGGAGGCCGUAUUUACAUGACCAAUAUCAGCGUUGGCAGCCACGAGUACAGCGUCAUCAUUGACACGGGCAGUUCUGACACCUGGGUCGCUGCGUCCAACUUUGCAUGCGUUUCCAGAUUUACCACCAGCCAGAUCUCCCAGGAUAAGUGCGGCUUCGGCAUUCUGUACGACAAGAAUCAGAGUGAUACGUUCGUGGGGAUUCCGAGCCAUCGAUUUGGAACCAGUUACACAGAUGGCGAGUUUUUGUCGGGCGAGCUGGGAUCAGAGGUUUUAGGGAUUGGCGGUGAAAACGAGGAUAUGUUGAAGGUCAGGCAGACUAUAGGAGUCGUAGAACGAGGAUAUUGGAACGGCGACGGGAUCAGCAGUGGACUGAUGGGCUUAGCCUACAGUGCACUGGUCAGUCACGGGAAAGAGUUGGGGUAUAAAAGUCUCAUCUUCACUCUGUUUGAAAAUACAACUACCCCAGCGGUGUUCAGCAUCGCAUUGAGCAGGCCGACUAUCGAGAGCCCAGUUGCUGGCGGACUCCUUGCUAUCGGAGGUCUUCCCAAUGUCGAUCAUGACGGAGAAUUCGUCUCUGUCGAUAUAAAACCAUUGUAUGCCAAGAACUACGCUCUCUACGCAAUCGAUGUAGAUGGUUUCGAUGUCCAGCCGCCAAUCUCUAACAUUUCCCUGUCCUCCACGACAAAUUCGGAUAGUCCGGAUAUCAUAUCAACAACGCUGCCCGUCUCCACAACACCGUUCCCCACGUUUUCUUCCCAAGCCAGACUCCAAUCACAUGCACCCAACUCUACGACUCGUUCAUCCCGAUCUAGACACUUAAAGUCGAAACCCUCAAAACACUCCCCAUCGCCGUCACCACGCAUAAACCCUCGCCAAGCAAUCCGACCCUCCAACGCCGAUCCAAACUCCACCAUCAUCUUCACCCCUAACCUGACUAUGGUCAUCGACAGCGGCACUACGCUCCUCUACGUCCCUGAAGACAUCGCCGAGCGCAUCGCCUCGCUCUUCGUGCCUCGCGCCAUCUUCUCCGUCAACACUAACACAUACCUCGUACCGUGCUCAGCUCUUGCUCCAAGAGUUGGCGUCGUGGUUGCAGGGAGAAGUUUCUACAUCCACCCAGAUGAUUUGAUGAAUAGGGCCCCGGGGGCAGUGGGAGGCGGCGGAAAAGUAUGGGUCACCGAGGACGGGACGAGUAUUGAUUUUGAGGAUUCCGGUAGUAGUAGGGUGGAAGGUGAAGUGGGCCGUGGAUUGUGCACACUUGCGGUGCAGAGACAGGGAUUGGGGGAUGCGGUUCUUGGGGACAGUUGGUUGAAGAAUGUGCUUGCUGUGUUUGAUGUUGGGGCGAACGAGAUGAGAUUCUCGGGGAGGGAGAACUACUGA